AUGCCAGACAGCUCUCCCGCACACUCACUCGCAGCUAGCUCACACGCCUCUCAUCUCAUGGUGCUCCAGACCGCUCAGCAAGAACCAUCCCUCACGCGUCCGCCUCACUGCAGCGCCGCCAGCGCGCGCUCGCCUGCGGCCAUGGACACCAGCCCUGCAACUCCCCUGCUCCUCCAGCCUCCCGCUCCCAGCAUUGACCCGUUCGCCGCCAAGGCGGCCGUCAACAAGAACGGCGGCGCGGCCACCGCGGUGUACGACCUCCGGAGGGAGCCGAAGAUCCCCGCCCCGUUCGUGUGGCCCCACGCCGAGGUGCGCCCCACCACGGCCGAGGAGCUGGCCGUGCCGGUGGUGGACGUGGGCGUGCUGCGCAAUGGCGACGCCGCAGGGCUCCGCCGCGCCGUGGCGCAGGUGGCCGCGGCGUGCGCCACGCACGGGUUCUUCCAGGUGUCCGGGCACGGCGUGGACGACGCCCUGGCGCGCGCGGCGCUGGACGGCGCGAGCGGCUUCUUCGGGCUGCCGCUGGCCGAGAAGCAGCGCGCGCGGCGCGUCCCGGGGACCGUGUCCGGGUACACGAGCGCGCACGCGGACCGGUUCGCCUCCAAGCUCCCCUGGAAGGAGACCCUCUCCUUCGGCUUCCACGACCGCGCCGGCGCCGCGCCCGUCGUGGUGGACUACUUCACCAGCACCCUCGGGCCGGACUACGAGCCAAUGGGGAGGGUGUACCAGGAGUACUGCGAGAAGAUGAAGGAGCUGUCGCUGAGGAUCAUGGAGCUGCUGGAGCUGGGCCUGGGGGUGGAGAAGCGCGGGUACUACCGGGACUUCUUCGCGGACAGCAGCUCCAUCAUGCGGUGCAACUACUACCCGCCGUGCCCGGAGCCGGAGCGCACGCUGGGGACGGGCCCGCACUGCGACCCCACGGCGCUCACCAUCCUGCUGCAGGACGACGUGGGCGGGCUGGAGGUCCUCGUCGACGGCGACUGGCGGCCCGUCCGCCCCGUCCCCGGCGCCAUGGUCAUCAACAUCGGCGACACCUUCAUGGCGCUGUCGAACGGGCGGUACAAGAGCUGCCUGCACCGGGCGGUGGUGAACCGGCGGCAGGAGCGGCGGUCGCUGGCCUUCUUCCUGUGCCCGCGCGAGGACCGCGUGGUGCGGCCGCCGCCGGGCCUGAGGAGCCCGCGGCGGUACCCGGACUUCACCUGGGCCGACCUCAUGCGCUUCACGCAGCGCCACUACCGCGCCGACACGCGCACCCUCGACGCCUUCACCCAGUGGUUCUCCUCCUCCACCUCGCCGCCGCCGCCCGCCCCGGCGGCCCAGCAGGCGGCCUGA